GUCAACUCCUCUCUCUUUCCUGUCAGCCAUUAGUCGGACUCGGUGAGUUUCCCCUCGAGCUCUGGUCUUGAAACCUGUGAUUUGCUGGUUUCUCUCGGUUUCCCACUUUCUUUGGUGACCAGCGGUACAACCUGUCUCAUCAUGCAGAACGACGCUGGAGAAUUCGUGGACUUGUACGUCCCCCGCAAAUGCUCUGCUAGCAACAGAAUAAUCGGAGCCAAGGACCAUGCCUCCAUCCAGAUGAACGUUGCUGAGGUUGACAAGGUGACUGGUCGUUUCAACGGUCAGUUCAAGACCUACGCCAUCUGUGGCGCCAUCCGCAGAAUGGGGGAGUCUGAUGACUCCAUCCUGAGGCUGGCAAAGGAGGACACCAUUGUCGCAAAGAACUUCUGAGUGCGACACUGGAACUGUCAGAACUUUGAUAAAUAAAAUGGUGGAAAAAAAAUGUUGUUGUUGCCAUUGUCGUUUCUAAAGCGCUCACGUGUAACGGGUCGGUAAAAGUUGAAGUUUACUACUGAGGUUUGAGGUAGUAUUUCUGUUCUGUGGAGCCUCGGUGGAAUAAAAAGGUAAAAACAAAA